UAGACUUUAGACCUUUGAACCCGCAGCAGACAGACUAACUGAUCAGGAUAAUGGUCAACAUGUGUGUCCUGUCCGUGUUAUAUGUCCUCAUAAGUCUUCACUGCUGUCAUUCUGCUACAGUGUUUGUAGGGAAAAGCGAGGCUCAUGAAGUGUUGCUGCGGAUGAAACGGGCGAACUCGGACUGGUUUGAGGAGCUGAAGAUGGGUAAUCUGGAGAGGGAGUGUCUGGAGGAGAAAUGCUCCUAUGAGGAGGCACGUGAGGUUUUUGAACACACGGAGGUCACGAAUGAGUUCUGGAUAAAAUACAACGUUAAAGAUCACUGCAACUCAAACCCCUGUGAGAAUAACGGCAAGUGUGAGAUUCAUAACGCAGAGUCCUACACGUGUCUGUGCACGCCGGGCUUCAAUGGACGCCACUGUGAGCACGUCAUCAAGGAUGUUCCUGACUCGUGUCUCCAUGACAAUGGGCGCUGUGAGCACUUCUGUGUGGAGGAGGACGGUCAACGUAACUGUUCCUGUGCAGACGGGUAUUUAUUAGGGUCAAACGGUCAGAACUGCCUGACACAUGAGGCUUUUCCAUGUGGAAAGGUUCCACUCCUUCAGGGUAAAGGAAGUGCUGUCAAACCUUAUGAAGACCCCAGAUCUCGUAUUGUUGGUGGAGAGGAAUGUCCUAAAGGUCACUGUCCUUGGCAGGUGUUGCUGAAGUACGGUGAGAAGGGCAUCUGUGGAGGUGUGAUCUAUAAACCCAUCUGGAUCAUCACUGCUGCUCACUGUUUAGAGAAUCUCAGAGUUGAGUUCCUCAAGAUAGUCGCAGGUGAGCAUGACAUUGAGGUGGACGAGGGCACAGAGCAGAUCAUACAGGUGGAGCAGUUAAUCAUGCACCCCAGAUACAUAUCAAGGACCGCAGAAAACGACAUUGCAUUACUGCGUCUGCGCAGUCCCAUCGUCUACAGUUCAUAUACUGUUCCUGUGUGCCUGCCUCAGCGUGACAUGGCCUUAAAUGUGUUAUGGACAAUCAGCAAGCACACAGUGAGCGGGUGGGGCAAACGCAGCGAGGAUGGGCCAACGUCACGAUUACUUCGACGGCUGAAAGUGCCUCGCAUCCGCACUCAGGAGUGCAUCGAGAAGAGCAAUGUGUCCAUCACCAGCAACAUGUUCUGUGCAGGUUACAUCGAGGGAAAGCAGGACUCAUGUCAAGGUGACAGCGGUGGGCCACUGGUGACUCCCUACAGGAACACCACAUUUCUGCUGGGUAUCGUGAGCUGGGGUCGAGGGUGUGCUCGCCCGGGGACAUACGGCAUCUACACGCGUGUCUCCAACUACCUGCAAUGGAUCCAUGAACGUGCAGGAAACACCAUUCUCAAUACUACAGCAGCAAAUAUUGGGCUUCAAAAAUUACACAAAUGAAGAAUUACUAAUUUAUUCUAUUUAUAUUUACCUGACCCCACCCCCCGUUGAUUGCUAUUUUUGAAUUGAAUCAAUGGUAGUGCUGGGUAGUAACUGAUUACAUGUAAUCUAGAUUACAUCCUCAGAUUACAAAACUAAGUACUUGUAAUUAGAUUACAUUAUAUUUUAGAAUACUCUAAAUCAGAUUAAUUUAUAAUUUAUCUUUGAGUAUUUUUGGCUUCAACAUUUUUUUAAUGACGUUGAUUUACAAAUAUAACUGCUCUAAUAUUUUAAGUAAUCAGAUUACAAGAACCAAGUACUAGUAAUUAGAAUAAAUUACAUUUUAAAAUACUCGUAAUCAGAUUACAAUUACUUUUUAUUGUUGCUUACCGGUAAAUGCAUUAAAAGAAAACACUUAAUGGAUCAUAAUAUGAGAAUUUAUCUGAUUUUUUUGUGUGUGUUUACUCACUUUGUCUGUCUGUUUCCAAGAGAAAUAAAAGGCACAUAAAAUUAAAUACCUCUUUUAAG